AUGACGAAGUUGAUACAACAGUUAAAUUUUAGCAGUAGUAAUUACUACGACGUCAAGGGCUUCGUGAUAGAACCUGAGUCUCCGGUCGCCACCAAGAACUACUAUGGUGACGGCGCGUCCUUGAGCGCGGCCGGCAGUAAACGGUCCGCUUUGUCGGCUUCCGACGCCGAGUGCUUCUCGCUCUGCCUGGGCGCCGGGCCUCUGUGCAAAGCUAUUGAAAUAUGUGGUCCUGAUGUCUCUGCGCUCGGCUCCGCACCUCCCGGAGGGGUGACAGGCGGGGCCGCGAGCCCCGCCGCCCCCGCCACCCCCGCACACGACGACAACGACCGUGACCUGUUGAGCGCCCUGCUAUGGUCAAGCGCGAGUUCUCUGAGCAGCAGCUCAGACAGUCUCGCAGAACAUCCGGCGCUAUUGGUACAGAGGAGAGAGGAGGUGAUAGCAAGAAUCCUUGAACUUAAAGAUAGGAAGCCGGUGAAGAUUGAAUUCAAGAUCUAUUUGACGGAGAACACUGUCACUCGUUGGGAGGCAGUGGUUAAUAAGAAGUCCAUGUACCUCCGCGUGCCGUCGGUUCUAUCAGCUGGCAGUAAGGACAGCUUCGUCAUGUUGCUGGACUUUGCUGAGGAAAGGCUUGGAUGCAGCAAUUGCAUCAUCUGCGUGUCCAAGACCCGUUCCGAUCGUUCAACACUUCUUCGCACCUUUAUGUUUAUGGGAUUCCAGAUUUUACCACCAAAUUCACAACAAAUGGAUGGUAUCGAGCAUCCGGAUUAUUUGUUCCUCAAUUAUAAUAUGCAAUAA